UUCAGAAAAGACAACAUUAUAUGGAAAAUUUACAUGGCGACACAACACGGUAAAGAAUGAUGAUAAGAAUAACGAGCUUUCAUAGAGCGUCGUUGGUUAAUAUUUUGGCAUAUUUGCUGAUGAUAACGCAGAUCGAUUCCGAGGAUUUUGGAGGGCAGGUUUACACAGAUACGACCCUUGCACUAACCAAUUCCCCGUAUGUUGUGAAAAAAGACAUAAUCGUUCCUGAGAAUGCCACAUUGAAUAUAGAACCAGGAGUGAAGAUGUAUAUUCUUCCCGGAAUCGCUUUGCAGAUAAACGGCUCUCUUCAAGCGAAAGGGAAUGCAACUCAUAGAAUUGUUUUGACAAAAAUGUCAAACAACUCAAUGGGUAAUACAAGGACAAUCGGCAAUGAAGGAAUUCGACUUGCAGAUGGGGGUAGUUACAAAGUUGGACGUUUGGAGAUUUUUGUCCAUGGAAAAUGGGGAACUGUUUGUAACGAAUGGUUUGAUGAAAAAGAUGCUCAGGUUGCUUGUCGCCAGCUUGGUUUCAUGAAAGCAAAGCGAUAUUACACCCAUGGUGGCGGAAAAGGACAGAUUUGGCUGAGUCAUCUACAAUGUAGCGGACAGGAAAAGAGUUUACUCAACUGCAAACGUUCUGGUUCUUUUUGUUUUGGUUACGAUGUUGGCGUUGAAUGCGAUAAUUUCGCGUGGCAUACUUUUUUUUGGAGUGGCAUCAUGUUCAAAAACUCUAAAAUAUCGUCUACACUACAACACCUGGAUAUUUCUGAUGCUUAUAAAGCUAUAUCUGGCGAUGAAUACCUACCUGAGCUUGAUCAUGUGACAGUCACCCAUUCUGCAUUUGGUGUGAUAUCCAUCAACCUAAAGUCGCCAUUGAUUUUGAUUGACAGUGCUGUCAGAAACAACACGUACGCUGGGGUUCAGAUAACCGGAAAGUCAAAGAAUAUCCAAAUCACAAACACAACUAUUGGUCAUACAAUCCGAGCGGAUGGAUUUUCCCAGUGA